AUGUCUCUUAUUGAGAUUAGUAUUAGAAGUGCUGAAACUGUCUUCACACUAAAUUUGGCUUCUGAACCUUCAAAUGAUCUUUGGAUUGCAGCCCUCACCCUUUCAAUUGUCUUUCUUACAAUUCUAUGGUACAAGUUGAACAAGGAAGAAUCCAGGUUGCCACCAGGGCCUCGUGGCCUUCCGAUUGUGGGAUUCUUACCAUUCCUCCGCGCCAAUUUGCAUCACCAGCUCACAGAGUUGUCUCAACAGUAUGGUCCAAUAUACAAGUUUUGGCUAGGAGGAAAACUAUGUGUUGUGUUGAAUUCACCAUCCUUAGCCAAAGAAGUUGUUCGUGAUCAAGACUCCGUUUUUGCCAACCGUGACCCUCCAAUUGCAGGAUUAGUUGCCACAUAUGGUGGACUAGAUAUUGGAUUUUCUCCCUAUGGCUCCUACUGGCGUGAUAUGCGCAAACUGUUUGUAAGGGAGAUGUUAAGCAACAGGAACCUUGAGGCCUGUUAUAGCCUUCGGAGACACGAGGUCAGAAAGACAAUCAGAAAUGUGCAUACCAAGAUUGGCAGCCUCACUGAUAUUGGUGAAUUAGCCUUUGUAACUGAAAUGAAUGUAAUCAUGAGUAUGAUCUUCGGCAGCAAUUUUGUAGAGAAGAUGGAGAAGCAUAAAAAAGAUAGAACUGAAUUCAGGGAAUUGGUGAUAAAAUAUCUUCAAAUACUGGGAAAACCAAACAUAUCAGACUUCUUCCCUAAGCUUGCAAGGUUUGAUUUACAAGGAAUACAGAAAGACACGGAGGCUCUUUUGAAGUCGGUUGAAAGUAUAUUGGACCCUGCCAUAAAUGAACACUUGAAGAUGCUUUCAGACAGAAGAGAAGGUGAAAUCCAGGGGAAUGAGAAGAAAAACUUUAUACAGAUCCUGUUAGAGCUAAUGGAGCAGAAAGAUAUUGGUAUAUCACUGGACUUGGUGAAAAUAAAGGCCAUCUUGGUG